UCGUGGCACGCGAGCCAACCCAACCUGUGCCUCAGUCAGGGCAGUGCCACAGUGAUGACAGGAGGGAGCCAGUUGGGUACGGCCACUGGGAAUACCACGACUUCACUUUCUUCUUCUUUUGUAGACCUCUGACGCUUUGUAUCGCUUCUUAGGUCUUCAUUUCACACUGACGCACGUAGCUCAUUCGCGUGUUAGUGUUCUCGACUAUAUCCGGAUUCGACUCAAUACGAGACACCAUUAUUUAAUAUUGUUAUACAUGAAAAGUGUGCGAAAAGUUAUCCUGCAGUGCCAUAAGUGAUCCUUUUUUAGUACGCGAAGCACAGGAGAUUGUUUCAACGUCGGAUACUAUGUUUGAAAGGUCGCUGUGACACAAGUGAAGGAAGAGGAGCUUUGGAUAGUCGCCGAAGCAGGUGCAGUCUCUCCGGCCGGCGCUUCGGUGUACCAAGCAUGACGAGCAACGCUAUUCGGGGCAUCAGACGCAAGAAGUCCUCCCUCUCCGAAGUCAAGAUCGCCGUGCUGGGGGCUCCGGGGGUCGGCAAGAGCGCGCUAAUCGUCCGCUUCCUCACCAAGAGAUACAUUGGAGAGUACGACCACCAGGCAGAGCAACGGUACAGAAAUGAGAUCCUGGUGGACGGAGAACCGGUGCUGUUUGAAAUCCUGGACACCUGUAGCAAGAACAUGGAGGCACUACCAUCGCAGGAGACCAUCAACUGGGCGGACGGGUUCCUCCUCGUCUACUCCAUCACGGACCGGCAGAGCUUUAAUUGGGCCAAACGCGUGAGGCUGCACAUCUGCGAGCGCAAGGCAGGGGGGCGCGGCGGCGGGUUGGGCAGCGCCGCCACCCUCACGCCCACGGCCCUACCUCUCUCGGGCGGCAUGGGCGGCGACGUGUCCCCUACCCUCGGCCCGCCCAUGGUGCUGCUGGCCAACAAGGCGGACAUGGUGCACCUCAGACAGGUGUCCACGGAGGAGGGCGAGAUCUUGGCCAAGGACCUGGAGAGCUUCUUCUGCGAGGUGGCGGCGUCGGAACACGUGCUGCAGGUGGCCAACGCCUUCCACGAGGUGUUCAAGGAGGUGCAGAACGUGCGGAAGAGGAACAAGACGUCGCUGCUGGACCGGGUGUUGGGCAGCAAGGCGACGCGGAUAUACGUGCGAGGGAAAAGCGACUCCGCGCUGCCUAAAGACUGACUCCUGAACUUCAUGUUAAACUGAGCUUCAGACAAACGCCCCUCUCGGCCCCGCCCACUGGUACUCUGCUCGCCGGCCAAGAAAAGUGUGGACGCGACUCAGCCAUGCAGCGAGAUACUUUGGCCUUGCGAGCUGAAGUGUAGAAGCAUCUUUUUGGCUCCUCGCAUCCACUUCCUGUUGAUGGGAACACGGACCGAUCACUCAUCCUGCCGAAAAUGUAGCAAUGCAAAACAUACGUCUAUAUUCUCCAACAUUUCAGGGCUAAUACAUCCAUGUUUUAAAAGGCUUUCGUAGAGGUUGUGUUGUGAGGGUAUUUCCAUGGGCGUUUUUUAUGAGCCUAGUGAUGGUCUGACAAGGUCUCUGCACCAUGGAAUUGAAAAACACUCAUGAGAACCCGACGAAUCUCCUUUGCGGCCUCUGAAAGUAUUUGUUGUGAGAGCCGAAAGCGUCUGGGAGUACGGGAGUCGAGAUCGGGAAUCCUAUCCAUGUGUUUUACGACGUGUCCCCGAUUCUCUCUGAUCCGAUGUGUGUGUGAUACUUCUAUUCGUAGCAACCUUUAGCCAGUGCUCAAUAUUUUGUUUCGGAAUACUAUUUUCGUACUCUCUAUAUAACCAACCCAAUGGAGGUCCCCACUUGAGUGCCUGCAUGCAUCUAUCUGUGAAUGGUAUAUAUAUUUGUUAUGAGUACAAAUGUGCAUCAACAAGCAACGAAGAAACUCCCAUCGAUUUAUUUUCUCCAGUGAUUCCAAAUUUUCAGGGGCGUUUGGAAGCGAACAGUGCGUAGGUGGCGAGGGCGAGGCAAGAAAUGAAGAGCACGAAGAGACAGUUUGUCACUUGUGAUGGGAAACUCUUGAAAGCUUUCCCAGUAUUACAUUGUGAGUGAUCGGAGAGGUGGAUGUUUGAAGCUUGAUUUAACAUGACGUUAAGUGGACUAAUUGAAUCUAGACAGCUGGGAUCAUCGUCGGUCCUUAUAGAAAAGGAAAAUAUUGAAAAACGACUCAUGACGUUUCUGCCAGCGAAGUGUUCGAAAUAGUAAAAGGUAGAUGGACAAACACGAACGCUAAAAGAUAGACAGACGACACGAACGCCAAACAAUGCAGGUUCUUGUUAUAGUAUAUGUCACAUGGGCAGCAGUCAGAUUGAUGGACGCCAGUAAAAGCAGGUUCUUGUUUUAUUCUACGAAGGCCAGUCAAUGCAGUUUCUUGUUAUAGUCAACGUCACGGGCAGCAGAAGGCGAAGGUGGUGUGUCAGGCAAAACUUCUAUCGGUCUGUAUCACCUGGUCAGCCUCCUGUGGUGUGGAGCGUCGGGGCUUACGAAGUCUGUAAUACACUGGUGGCAGCGGUUGACUCAAAUGGUGACGCACGGGACGGGGAUCCUGCUGGUGCCUCUGAAGGUAUGAAGCCCGUCGAUUCAACAGAACAAUUUUGCCGUUGUUACCAAAGCAAUAAUAGCGUUGAUAUUUUUUUAUAACGACGAAAAAUGAAUAGCGCCAUAUCUCUCUAGACACGCAUUUUGUUAUUAGGUUGUUGUUAUCUCUGAGCAAAGAUACGUAGCGUUUGUAUUUCGUCUUUUUUCAGUUGUAAAAAUGAAUAACACCAUAUUUAUACACGCAACCUGUUAUUAUUGUAUAUUAUUUUAGGAUUUUGCACAUACGUAUCAUGCAAACUUGUCAGCGAUCCCGGUCACAUCUGUUUCCACAUACUGAACCCAUGUCCCUCCCCUUCCCCUUCUCCCCAUCCCUCCACCCCCACCCGAGUGCCUACGACCUCGCUAUAGUUUACGCAGAGAACCUUUUGCACAAUCUGUACGGCUGAGGUCCAUCUGCAUCUGCAUGAAUACCACUCACUGUACGCUAGACAAUAAAGUUUUCUGAUAA